AUGGGCGAGUCCGGCACUGCAGCACCCGCCGAGGCGGACGGGUCCGAAGCUUCUAAGAGAGAUCUUCCCCGGACAGUCGAUGUCGAUGCUGCCGGAGACAUCGUUCUGGAUGUGACCUUUGAGACUUCUAUCAGCACUCUCAAAAAGUCUCGCAAAGCUGCCAUUGCCGCUAGCAGAAAGGCCGGGACUCAACCUCCCAAGCCUUCGGAUCUGAAGUCAAAGGUUCGGGUGGCAUAUCGUGUCAGCCUGGCGGUCCUGAAGAAGCAUUCCAAGUACUUUUCCAACCUGCUCUCGAAUUCGCAGUUCCGAGAAGCCAGGAUUAUAUCGGAUGCCCAUGAGAGGCUUGCGCAGCUGAAGAUCAAACCAGGGGAGGCAGACAUCCAGGAUCUACCCUGGAUUCCCAUCACGGAUGAUGAUGAUGCCACUCAGGCGGCAGGUCGGGAGAAUGCCAUGGAAGAUAUUUUAAACAUUAUUCACCAAAAGCCCCCGAAGACGAGCCGUGGUACCAUGUCAUAUGUCACGACUUUGGCCAUCGUUGCGGAUCGGUUCGACUGCGUGGCAGCUGUGGCCCGCGUUUUGAACACGGAACUCAAGUUCAAGUGGCCUUUGACGUCCAACAAGCCUCUGCGGAGCGAGGACGGGAAGUCUACAGACACGGAGCAAGUGCUUCGCCAGAAGAUUCUUGUUGCUUGGCUGUUGGGACAGCCCAUGCGCCUACAGCAGUCGACCCGAGAGCUGAUCAUGCGGGGAUCGACUCUAUGGAGCGAAUUCCAUGACCCUGAAGCGGAUCUGCCUGCUGCUUGGUGGAACUUGCCAGAUGGUAUAGAAGAGGAGCUUCGAUUCCGGCGUGAGUGUAUACUCAACACCAUCGCUUCUGUUCAACGUCACUUUCUCGCAUUGUUUUCAUCUCGCGAGAGGCAGUGCAAGCUUGGAUAUGAUUCCAGCGCGGCAUGUGACUCGUUUCAGCUCGGCCAGAUGCUCAAGUUCUUGGUUGGCAAGAAUUUGCUAUUCCUGGUUGACUACAGCCCAGCAUCACUGAAUACAGUUCCCGACACAGCUAUGAUCGAGAUUGAGGAACUGUUAUCAACGCUUCAGCAGUGUCCCAGUUACCAAGUCGACAAGCACCACACUAACUGUGGGCUGCGGGUACGGCUCGAGCCCAUCGUGGGAUACAUGCGCUCAAUGUUAUCGGCCAAUGUCGUUCCAAUAUCCUAUGCGAGUUGGAAGAAGCAACGAGCCGAAACCUCAUGGGUGCCCUUGCAAGACCAAACCUCUAACAACGAUGCACCGCCCAAAAGAUUCGCAUUCACGAGGGCCCUUGCAAACGACCAAAGACUACGACAUGAGGGAGCAUUCUACGUGGACCGUAUGGCCAAGGCCAUGUUCACGGCUGAAGAGUGGGACUGGACCCCUGAGAGUUGA